AAAAUGUCAAAGGGAAGAAUUCGUCCAGAAACUGUUAGCUCAUGAAACCCAGAUAGAACUGAAUCAGCACAGGAAGGAUCAAGACUGAUGUUCGGGCUCAGCCAGGAUGAUUUAAUUCGAGCUAAGAAAAGAAAUAAUCUUGAAUUACAAGAAUCAAAUUCCAACUCAGAUUCAUAUUCUGAAAUAAUUGACUGCAUACAGGAUAUUAAUAAAGAGGAUACUGAUAGACAGUUGUUGAUGAAGAAGGAUAAUGAAGACAAAAAGAAAAUUCUAAAUGAAAAGCACAAGAAUGAAAAUGAGAUAGAAGAUCAGGACAAAUAGCUCUGUUGGAGGGUCAGAAGAAAUUCAUCGGUUUAAUACCAACCAGACCGGUAAAGUUAGCAAGAAGAGUGCGUUCAAGAGCCAGUUGUUAUUACCAAAAGUAGGGAUAAAUGUUCAACCCCAAGAUAGUGACAGGAAUAAUAAUGAAGAUUCAGACAAAAUCGAACCUCUUCCAAAUUUGAAACCAGUUGAAGACAAUAGUCAAAGCAACAAAGAAGUUUUGGAUACUGAGGAAACCCAAAUAGAGUUUAAGUUAAAGAGCAAGGCUCCUAAAAAGAAAUGUUUUUGUAGACAGCUUGAUCAAGGGAAAAUAAAAUGGGACUUAUUUAUCAUGCUCCUUGCAAUUAUAAACUGAUUCCAAGUACCCUACUCUGUUGCAUUCACUGAUAUUGAUAGCAGUAUUAUUUACCUUGAUAUCAUAAAUUUGUGCAUUGAUUUCAUUUUCAUACUAGAUGUGAUAAUCAGUUUUAGAACAUCAGUUAUUCUAGAAUCUACUGCACAGGAAAUAUAUGACAAUAAGAAAAUUGCUGUAAUUUAUCUCAAAGGGCGAUUUUGGAUAGAUUUUCCUGCUUCAAUCCCAUUUGAUUUAUUCACCUAUAUCUUCCCUAUUUUGAGAAGCAAUCAACUGACCCUUCAAAUGAUAGGCUUACUUAAGCUAGUCAGAGUUUUAAGAUUGUCUCGCUUAAUCACUUAUCUCAAUGUAAAAAGUGAACUAAAGAUGUCUUUAAAACUUGUAAAGUUAAUCUUCUUCCUGAUUCUUUUCUUGCACUGACUGGCAUGAAUUUGGUUCUUCAUUGUGAAACAAAAUGAAACAUGGAUACCACCUCUUGAUUAUGUCUGGGUGGAAACUGAGUUAUAUGAUCAAGGAGCUUUCCAUCAAUAUUUAAAUGCCUUAUACCAUGCCGUUUUGAUGCUAGGAGGAAAUGAUGUUGGCCCAAGAGGAAAUUUUCAACUAACAUUUGUUUCUAUUACACUCCUUGCUGCAGCCAUUAUCAACGCAAAUAUUUUUGGUAAUAUGGCAGUGAUCUUACAAUCCCUCAACAAAAAAGCCACUAACUUCCAGGAAAAGCUGGAUAAUGCGAAUGAGACUAUGAAAAAUCUGAGAAUUCCAAGGGCUUUACAAGAAGAAAUUAAAGAUUAUUUUACCUUCACUCAAAAUACUCAAGAUCACCAAAGUGACCUGAAAAUAUUCAUGUCAACUCUAUCUCCUAGUCUUAGGCAGAAAGUAAUCUCAUCUAUUUUUAAGGGUGUUCUAGUAAAGAACCCAAUUUUCAAUAUGCAUAAUGCUGCUAUCAACCAAAUCCUUGGAACUAUGGAGACAUGCUUAUUCCUACCUGAGAACAAGAUAAUCACCCAAAACCAAGAAGGCAAUAUGAUGUACUUCAUUGCUCAUGGAGAAUGAGAUGUAACCGUCCUUACUGAGAAGCAGAAAGAGAUCCAUGUAUCCACUAUCAAGGAGGGCGAUUUCUUUGGAGAAGUAGCCCUCAUUAAGAAGUGCAAAAGAACCGCCUCAGUUAUCAGUAAGAAUUACACAACUCUUGCUUCCUUCCAUGAAAAUGACUUUGAUUCCUUGAUUGAGGAAUAUCCGUUUAUUAAGCAGAAAAUGGAAAGUAAGAUGAUUGAUGAGUAUAAUGACCCUUGGAAGAAAUUUGUAAAGAAAGUGCUAAGAAAUAUUGACUACCUCAGCUACUGAGUUUCUGAUGAAACAAUUGAGGAAAUAGUGUAUUUUUGAGAGCCUAUUACAAUCAGUGAAAAUACACAGUUGUUUAAAGCAGGAUCUAAAUGCCAGGAUAUUUAUAUAAUCAGUGAUGGAGAGCUUGAUAUUAGCGUGAAUAAUGCUAACAAAGAAACUUUCUUAGACACUUUACAUAUUGGAAGCUCUAUAGGGAGUUAUUGUGCCUUGGUAAAUGAACCAUAUUCGAUCUCAGGAAAAUCUAGAACUACUUGAAAAUUACUCAAGUUGCCAAUCAAAAAAUUAUUUUCGAUGAGAGAGCAGGUAGAAGACUUAGACUAUAAUAUGACUGAAUAUGAGCAAUACAUUGAUGAAAAUGGAUUACCCUACUGUGAUUACAGGAUUUACAGACAUGGACACCUCAAACUCAGGCCAAUUCAAAAAUUUCAGGUUGGAAUCAGAAGAAUUAUCAAUAUUUUAAGGUCAUACAAAUCAUUAGACCUCAGAGGACUGCUUGAUAAUGUCAAGAAUCAGAUAAAAUAAGCAAAAAGAGGCUGAAAAGAAUAAAAGAAAAUCUGCUAUGCUCAGAGGUAAUCCAAUGACAGCUGAACAGAAAGCUGAUGAAUAUUACUAUUCUUUAAAAUAGCGAGAUGAGGCACGUACAGUCUUCAAUGGUAUUUCAGAACAAAGAGAUGUUACAUCUUUUCAAGAAAACACAAAAACAAAUUCAAAACCUUCAUAAACUGAUCAAAGGGGAAUCAGUUGUUGAAGAUCCAGAGAGUAGCAAUGAGUCUAAACAUGAUGAAGCAUUCAAAAAUCUUUCAUCAGAUCCUCGCCAACCAAUGAUGAGAAAGGUUAGAGAUCGAGGGCUUUCCAAAGCAAUGAGGAAGAUAACUAAUACAAAUGUAUCAGAUCUUCACCUGGAGCUACCUGGGAGCCAUGUACGAAAGAAGAGUAUGAAUUCAUUAAUGCCUUCAAACUUUCAGGAUCCUAUCACAACAACUCAUGAGCAGAAAGCGUAUAAAAAUAAACUAAAACUGCAGAAGAGCAAGAGUUUUCACCAAGACAAACAUUACAAAGAAGAUAAUCUGACUGAAAAGGAAGAAUCGAAGAGAGGAAAUCUUCCUCAAAAGAAUAAAAUUGUUGUUCUAAAAAUUAAAGAUGAAUACCAGGAUGCAGUCAGAUUAAUGAAUCAAGACUCCUCUUUAGAAAAACCCAAACCAAAAGCAGAGACUAUGGAACAACCUCUUGUAAUGAGAAGGAGAAGUCUCACAAUGGAGAGCCCUGAUAGUAUGAUAAAAUCUGAAAAUAAGACUUAUGAUAUGCCAAAUGAAUUAGUAAGCUCAGUUUUGAAACAUCGUAAAUAUGCAAGCAUUAUUCGGAAGAAUCAGAAAAUACAAAAGAAAAGUAGCAUACUAAAGCUUGAUACUAUGAAAAGCGAUCUUUCAUAAUAUUUGAACUUCA